AUUCAAAUGGUACGAUGAAUGUUCCAUCCAAUAUACAUCGAUUAAGUCAAGGUGCCGAUUACUAUGGUUCGAUAAUGAUGAUAGUAAUAAUACGGUUGAUUUUCAUAGUGAACCAGAAUCACCAAUGAAAAAUCAUCUCAGUGAUUCAACAACAUUGCUAAAUUUGCACGUUAUUCGCCAUUCAUCAUCAUCAUCAUCAUCAACGUCUGCAACAAAAUCAACUGAACAGCAGCAACAACAACAACAACAACAAUUGAAUUCUCGUACAGAUAUUGGUCGUGAUGGAUCCCAGAAAAACAUGAUCCGUUUGAAACAUUCAUUUUCAAAUCAUAAUCAUUCUAAAAAUAGUAACAAUAUAAUAUCACAUGGAACCACAAAUAAUCGAGGUUUUGAAGAGAGUAGUUCAUUAAGUUCUGAUACCGGUGGUGGUGGUGGUGGUGGUGGUGGUAUUUGUGGUGUUGCCAAUUGCAACGGUGGUAAUGGUAGCCGUUGUUCGGAUGUUAGUACAACAACAACAACGACAACAUCCUCUUGUUCAUCAUCGUUAGAUCCUCGUGUUAAUCAUAUGCCAAAAUCGUCCAUAAAAUUCAAUCAGAAUCAACAAAAUCGAUCAAAUUCUAGUCCAAACAAAUCAUUAUCGAAUUCAACUACCGAGCUUUAUAAAACAAUUUCACCACCACAACCAAUAACAAUGACUAAAUUAAUUGGUCAGUCUGGAACAUUACCAAUGAAUAGUAGUGGUAGUGGUCAUUAUACGAAGAAUAAUAAUAUCACAAAUAAUCGUUCAAAUAUUGUAAAUCAAAAUCAACGAUUUUUGAAAAGUUCAAAAUUACGUUCACAAACAUUGGCCAAUGAUGGAUCGGUAAUCUAUUCAGAUUCUGAAUGUCAACAGCCACAAAAUCAUCAAUCACAGUCUCGUUCAACAUUUUCACUAUACAAACUUCCAAUCGGUCCACAAUCAUCAAACGUUAAUAAUUCGCAACAAGUCGGCAAUCAAUCAACAAAUAUGAUCCAAAACACUACUAACUUUUGUUCAUCAUCAAAAGAUGGCGGCCAUUAUAGUGAAUUGAUUUAUUCAAAUAUACAUAGCGGCAAUAAUAGUAGCCGUCCAACUACGGAUACUGAUUCAAUUGAUUCAUUAAAUACAAUUGGUUCGGAUCGAGCUUCAUCAAUUGCGUCACAAUCAAUUUAUGGUGUACAUCCAUCAUUAGGACAUCAUACAAACAACCAUCAUCAUCAUCAUCAUCAUCAUCCAUUAUCAAAACCAGGUGAUUUAAUUUGUGAAUAUGAAUCUGUAAAUCGUUUACGUGAAACUAUGUCAGCAUCACCAACAUCGAAUAAAAUGUUUACAAAUUCAAAUGGUGUUUAUUCGGAUACAAAUUCUGGUACAAGCGGUAAUAAUAAUAAUAAUAAUACAGCUCAUAUAGGCCGUAGUGGUUCAUUUCGUCUUCCAGGAACAUCAACUAAUCAUCAUUUACCACCGAUACCGGCUCAUUUGAAUAAAAUCAAACAACAACAACAACAACAACAACUACAACAUGAUCAACAACAUCUGCCGCCAACAUCAGAACAUUCAGCAUCAUCAUUAUCAUUAUUAUCAUCAAAUUCAUCGGCAAUUUUUACAACGCCCGAAGAGAAAUACAUACAUGAAAUUCGACGUUUACGGCGAGAAUUGGAUCAAGCAAAUGAAAAAAUCUACACACUUACAUCACAAUUGACGGCAAACGCACAUAUGGUAGCCGCAUUCGAACAAUCAUUAUCAUCGAUGACCACACGUUUACAACAAUUAUCAUCAACAAGUGAACUUAAAGAUUGUGAAUUGGAACGUUUACGUAAAACGAUUGAUGUACUUAAAAAACAAGGUGGAUCAUUGGUUGGACAUGCAAAAUCGGCAACAAUCAUGAAUCCACUUGGUAUCAAUGGUGAUAAAUUUCAACGAUAUCUUUCCAAUGAAUCGGUUAAUAGUAUUUCCAGUUGUGGUGCUGCCACCGAUAGCAGUAUAGCUAAUGGUAAAACGAAAAAGAAAUCCAAACUUAAAUUAACCGGUUCGAAUACCAGUUGGAUACGAAGUUCAUUUAGUAGAGCAUUCAAAAAGAAAUCAUCGUCCAAAACGCGUGAUUCCUCACAACACGGAAGAGAUGUAGCAUCGGAUGUUGAAAUGACCAGUGGUACUGGCCAAUCCGAACCUGAAGGUGAUGUUCAUUCUGUACCCAGUUCACCAUUGAUGUCGAUACGAAGUCGUGCAAAAUCUGCUGGUGUUAAUAUGUAUAAUGAUCGAAAUGCUUCAAGAUCGACCAAUCAUCCUCAAUCAUUAUCUGAAUCAAAAGCUUUUGAAUCAGAUACUAUGGCUGAAACAUCAGAUCUUGAAGAGAUGAAAGAUUUGCGAAAACAAUUGCGUGAAAAAGAAAUGCAAUUGACUGAUAUGCGUUUGGAAUCUCUUACAUCAGCACAUCAACUGGAAAAUCUUAAAGAAAUAGUCAAUCAGAUGCGAGCCGAAAUGAUGAAUUUAAAACAAGAUAAUGAUCGUCUUCAACGUCUUGUCCAUCAUAAAUCGUUAGCAUCAUCACAAAGCUCGAUGACUUCAGCAAUAGGUUCACAUGGUUCCAGUACAUUGCCACCAUCCGCAAUUACUUUGGGUAAUAGUGGACUGGUUGCUCCAAUGGAAGAUUCGAAUAGUUUUGAAAGUGUCGAUAUGGAUAUGAGUCCAUUGCAUUCAUCCAACACUACGAAUUCUAAUGAUGAAAGUCCCAAAUUAGUUACAUUAGGAUCAGGAUCACAUACAUUAGCCACAUUGACUAUUACAACCAAAACAAAUUGGGAUCAACUAGACACAUUGAUCAAAAAGUGUUUCAAAGAUCAUUUGAUUCGUGUGGAUAGUUCAUUGGCUUUGGGUAUUACUGUUGAUUCGUUGGCUUGUUAUCGUGUUGGUACAGAAAAAAUUCUUAGAAAUUUUUAUCCAUUUAAUCACCAUCACAAACCAACUGUUCCAGAAUUACUUCCUUUUGGUUAUUUGGUGAAUGAAAAUCAUAUAAAUCUUCAAUUCAAAACAACUAUUGAUUCAUUGGCGUUCGAUACUUUGACACCGAAAUCAGUACUUAAUGAAUUUAUUUCGAUGCUCAUUGAAAAUCGUCGUCUAAUAUUUUCUGGUCCUAGUGGAACAGGCAAAACUUAUUUGGCACAUAAAUUGGCUGAAUAUAUGGCUAUUAAACAGAUGGAUUCUUCAUCAGUGGCAAUAUAUUCCCGAGCCGUACCAAACAUUGGUGGAGCUAAUUGUGUUCCACCAUCCGGUGCCAUUACAACUUUCAAUGUCGACCAUAAAAAUGCUAAAGAACUUCGUGCCUAUUUGACCAACAUUGCAGAACAAUGUCAAUUGGAAGUAGCUCUAACACCAUUGCCCACUGUGAUUAUUCUGGAUAACCUUCAUCAUUCAAUCGAUUCAUUGGAGGACAUAUUUAAUGAUCUUGAUAAGAUUUCGAUCGCGAAAAGCCCUUAUAUAAUUGGUACCAUAAACCAAAGUGUUCAUCACCAUCAAACGAUGCCCAUGUUUCAACGACACAAUUUUCAUUGGAUAAUGUUGUCUGUCAAUUCUGAAGCGGUUCGAGGCUACUUAAAUCGUUUUUUACGUCGUAAACUUUUGGAAACUGAAUCACGGUUAGCAUUAAGCCAACAAAAAAUUCAGCCUGAAGUUGUCCAAAUCAUCGAAUGGAUUCCCAAAGUUUAUUCGCAUUUGAAUAAAUUUUUGGAGAAUUAUUUCGGUGAAAAUAUAUCUAUCGGUUCACGUCUAUUCACCUCAUGUCCGAUCGAUUUGAAUGGAUCUCAAGCUUGGUUCACUGAUCUGUGGAAUUAUUCUAUUCUUCCUUUUAUUAUUGAAAAUCUUCGUGAACAUGUUCGACAAAAUGAUGGAAAAUUAAAAGGAAAAAUUGCAAUCCACAGUUUCAUUGAUCCUACCGAUUGGAUUGUUACCAAUUAUCCAUGGAGUUCUAAUUCCGAAUGGUCAGACCAUUUGAAUAGAUUACGACCAGAAGAUGUUGAAGACGAUAAACAACAACAUCAUCAGCUUCCACCACCUUCAAUGAAUCAGAAAACAUUGAUUACGAAUAGUCGGCCAUCCUCAUCAAACAAUAAUUAUCAUACCAAUGAUAAUAAUCAAUGUUCAUCUAACGGAUUGGUUUCAGAACAAUUCAAUAAAUCAUCAGUCAAAGAUAUAAAGGAUCCAUUUUUACAAAUGUUACUAAAAUUAAAAGAGGCAUCCGAAUAUUCUAGUCAAGAUAUUGGAACGAAUAAUCAGAAUUUGGCCGAACAAACUAUAACAAGAACAUAAAAAUUUAAAUAAUUAUUAUCACUCUCCCAUAUUCUGUAUUCAUACAUUACGAUUCUUUUAUAUGUUUUCCACUUAUAUAUUGUUCAUAAUAAAAAAAAUUGUUCAUAUGUGAUUCA